CUCUCUCAAUCUUUCACUCUUUUCACCAUGCCUGGCACUGCCAUCGCAGGCACUGAGGAUAUGGCACAGUGAGCUUCUGUUUGUCUCAUUCAAACUCCUUUCUUGAACAUCACACUGUACUUAAUUCUUUGUUCAUCAUCAUUUUCUGCCAUCUACCACAUUUUCAUCAUCUAUUUCUUCUAUAUCUCCUUCUUUUCUUUCCAUCCUCCCUUUCUCUCUUCCUCUCUGUCUCCUUCCUGCUGUCACAGACAGGGCUGCAGUGUGCAGCCUGGAAAUUAGCUGUUAGCGUCAGCUAUUAGCCCGUGGCACUCUGCAUCUUCACUGACAGGAAGGCUUUUAGGGGUGACCUCGUCCUCCACCAUCCUCUGUGGUCCAUCACAGACCUGCAGCCCCCCCUAACCCAUCCACCCAAUGAGUGCAGGGUGCCAUGGGCAGGGGGCUGGGUGAGUUAGCCAGGGGCUCGAGGGUUAGCAACAGGGUGGGUGAUGCCAGAGAGUAAAAGAAGAGGACAAGGAGGAGGUACAGGCGGGUGCUCGCAGGGCAAGUGGAAGCUGAGGAAGGGAGGCAGCCGCUCGGCCAUCCCCGCACUUUUCACCAUCACUGAGGAAGACGAGGGACAGAAGCGGAGAGAUGCUUGCAGAAGGAAGAAAAAAGCUUCUUACUCCCAGUAUAGAUCAGAGGAUGGCACAGUGUCAUCAGCCACCCGCCGGAGCUCCUCAGGCUCUGGGCAGACCUACACUCCCACCCCUAUCCCCACUCCAACCCCAAGUCACACAACCAUUGGCAACAGCCCCAGUAACAAUGCUGCUGCCAAAAUGGACUCGUUACUCUUCAACAAGAUUGACGAGAGACAGAAGUUGGCCCGUGAGCGCCGGGAAGAGCGUGAGAAACAGAAUGCUGUCAAGGAGGUGGAGUGGCAGGCACGUGAGGAGCGAGCCCGGCAGCACUAUGAGAAGCACCUGGAGGAGAGGAGGCGAAGGCUCGAGGAGCAGCGGGUAAAGGAGGACAAGAGACGGGCUGCCGUUGAUGAGAAACGACGGCAGAAACUGGAAGAGGACAGGGUUCGUCAUGAGGCAGUGAUGCGUCGGACGCUGGAGAGGAGCCAGAGAACCAGGCCGAAGCCCAUCCGCUGGUCGUGGGGAGGGGCCCUGAGCACAAACACUCCCAGCACACCGGCCGGUUUUGUCGAGUCGGCUUUCCUCUAUCCACUCGACCUUGCUGGACUGGAGCACAUGCAGAGUGCUUUCAGUCUCUACCACAGAUACGGAAUGACCUCCCAAUAUGGUGACAGGCGGUCAGUGUCCACAAUGAAUUUAUCCAAACAUGCAGACCCUGUGAUCACCAAGCGCCUCUCAUACUCCUCCGCCACACUCCUGCACUCACCAGACCGAGGUUUACAGAUGAGAACAGCCUCCUCCCCUGUCAUUAACAAAGCUCACUCCAAACUCCGCCUCCAUCAAGGAAAGACCAACCCGCACAGAGACACAGGCCUCCGCCGUCUUCCAUUGACGCCAUGGGAAAGCAAUGUGGUCAACCGCCUGCAGCAGCCGACACACUCCUACCUGGCCCGCAGUCGCAGUGCCAUGAGUCUGUCUGGAGAUCAAGCAGCCAUGCCUGUGUGUCCUCGCUCAGUGUCUUGCCAGCCCAUGGGCUCCAUGUCCUUCAAGGCCCUGCAGGCGCAGCCGCUGCCUCACUGCCGCAGCCAGGAGAGGAGCCUCAGCAGGGAGACGGCCUCGUCCUCCUCCACCACCCCACGCCGGAGGACGACCGGAACCACACAGCAGCGAAAGCACUGUGACCAUGUCAGGAAGUCCUGGAGCAACCUGUCACUCCCACUGGUCCCCAUUGUGAUUUUCCCCCCCAGCAAACGCUCCUCUUCUACGGGCAAAAAGAUCAGUAAAACGACAGCACCUUCUCCUGGCAGGCCUCCACAGAAGACACCAGGGCGUCCUCCGACCCCCAAGCUGCUUAAGUCCCCGGGGGCAGAAGACCCCGGUAACCUUCGGCCUUUCAGAAUCUCACACGAGAGACCCCACUCCCCGACACCAAAAAGAGCCCAACCCCAAGAAGAGGAGCAGGAACAGGUCCUCAGCCCUCCUCAGCCGCGACCUCAGCCGCUGGGUCAGAACAGGACCUCGAAUGAGCAGCCGCCAACGGCACCAACAGUUUCCAGCGAGAGCAUAACCAGUCCUCCAGGGCAAAGACUUUCAGCAGGCACCACAGAUCCAGAGGAGGCGAGUCGUAUCCUGGCUGAGAACCGGCGGCUGGCCCGCGAGCAGAGGGAGAGAGACGAAGAGCAGCGCAAGCUACAGGAGGAGCAAGCCAGGUUAGCAAAGGAGGAGAUGGCUCGCCGAAAAGCGGAGGAGCGAGUAAAGGAGUCUCAGCGGCAGGCGGAGGAGAGGAGAAUGAAGGAGGAGGAAGAGAAGAAGGCAGAUGAAGAGAGGCUUGAGAAAGAGAGAGAAGAUGCAGAGAAACUCCAGAUACAGAAAGAGGAAGAGGAGUCUCGACAGAGAGAGGAGGCAGAGCGAGUGAGGCAGGAGAGAGAGAAACACUUUCAGAAAGAGGAGGCCGAACGCCUGGAGAGAAAAAAGCGCCUGGAGGAGAUUAUGAAGAGAACGAGACGUUCAGAUGCACCAGAGAAGAAAGUUAUUCCGAGCAGGAAUGGAGACAGUGCAGCCUCUUCUGCUCCGUCAGCAGUGAUGACAACACCGACACACAACAGCAACGGUCAACAAACUGAGCCCAACCCAAGCCCCAGCACCGAAGCACUGAGCCAUCCUGACCACAGGGAGAACGGAGAUUUCGAGGAGGUGAUCGUACUGCCUUCACAUUCCAGGUUGUCUCCUCCUGAGGGAGAGGAGCAGCAGCAGCAGCUGGAGGAGAGAGUUCCUGUCAUAGCCUUCAGGGAGAACGGUCUCCUAAAGCCUCUGAGUGGAAUAGAGGAAAUAUCAGCCCAGCAGGGACCAGAUGUUGCCUGAUUUCCCCCGGUGAGGCCGAGAUGAUUCCGCACCCAGAGAGAGACAGGCAGGGAGGAGGUCAGAGUGAGAGUUGGAGAAACAACAGAGCUGCCGGACUGAAUCCAAAGGAAGCACUCGCAGCACCUGGAGGUUUGACUCUCUCAGUCCGGCCCGCUACAGCAGAGCACGCAUCCCAAAGAUGGCGUCUCCCAAAGAUCUCCCCUAAAAAAUUUUUUUAAAAAAAGCAUCUCCAGAGAAAAGUUCACUUUUCCCUCGACAAGACUCUCUGGGGGAACAGAUUGUCUUUCUUUCUCUGACCACAUUUAGACUCGGCCAUAAUGUUUGUUCUGUGUACAGCCCCAACUACCCCUGAGUGCCCUGAAGCGAUGGAGGGCAUUGAGCGUUUCAUCUGAGUGUGUGUGUGUGUGUGUGUGUGAGAGAGAGAAACUUAUAGUGAUAUAAAUGAGAUCAGUCGUGAUACUUGAAGUUGUUUGUGUAGAACAUACUGUAAUCAGAUUGACUGAAUCAGCACAGGGACGUUAUAUCUGGACCUCACACAGCAGGAUCAGAGCAAGAGCUGGGAUGACAUCAGUGCAUGAUGUUGCAUUAAGACGACAGUAAAGGUUGGUGUCAUGUAAAAUAUAUUUUGCUGUGUCUAUAGUGUUUAAAAUUAGAGGUUAUUAUUGGGGCAGCGUUGGAGUAUCAUGGAGUUUAAGUUAAAUUAUGAAAACACUGAGGAUUAAUGUGUAAACUACAGAUUUCUUUUGUUUAGAUUUAAUUGCUGUACAGAUAAAAAUGUGAUUCUUUGUUUCCUUCUCCUAUCUUUGCUUUCUGUUCAAAUUGAGAGAAAAAGAAAUCUGCUCUGACGUCAAGUCCUGCCCCUUUUUGCUUUUCACGCGUUUACCCCGUCAAAGCCGGAAUCCUCUGUCUUGUCGCAGUCCGACCGAGGCAGGUGAGCAGCGUCCGAGGAGCACGCGGUAGCUCAGCAAUCUUGUUUCCGAGUUCGCCCUUUAUUCUGAACGAGCAAGGAAACUAAUUUACUUCUGAUGUUAAUUUUGAAAUAAUCUCAUUAAUUUGAUCUUUUUUUUUUUAAUGACGAAAUGCUGCUAAUUCUUGACGUUCCUUUGCCUUACCGCAUUAUAGGAAGAAUGAGGGGUCUUGUCUAUACUUGGAACGGAAAUUCUAAAUAUGCAUUCCCGGUUUGAGCUUUUGACAUUCUGCCCACAAACUCUCCAGUAGCUUCCUCUUCUUGAUUUAUGUUGAAGUCUUAGAGAUCAUGAUGAAAUGUUAUGUCAGAGCUGUAAUGUCAAAUAACUGGGUCUUUGCUACAGCAACAGGAAUGAUUAAAGGGGGGGGGGGUUCUAGUAAAACGCUGUUCACUAAUGUGAUCUUUGUUUCCAUCUUUUUCAUAAAACUUGUUUUUGGUUCUCAAACCUUUGCACUUCAUUCCCGCUGUUCUAAAUCUUGCAGUACGACCAAACUGGAAGGAAAUUUAAGAGAUUAUCCACAUCUUGGCUGACGUUAUGGUUUCAGCCUGUGGUACAUAGCAUGUCGUUAUCGCCAUAGAAACUUGACUUGACUUGCAAAGAAACUGCUUUAACACGAGCAACAUCUCCUCUUAAGUAUAUUAUACAUAUAUAUAUCAUAAAUUGUGUAUAAAAAGUUGAUCUAUUUUACUAAGACGGACCAUGAGGUUUUGGAAAAGUCCUUUACUUCAGAGGAGACAGGGCUGUGGGAUAAGAUCUUUGAACCACUGUAAAACUGAAAUCUUUGUACAACUGUUCAGCUGUGGCAGGAAAAUAAAACUUUUUGAAUUGAUUACCUA